AUUGUGAGUUGUAAGGACUGCUGUGUGCCACACAAACCCUGGUUAAAACCUCAUAUUAGUAUACGCUCCUGCCAUAAGCGAAUUCAGCUCAGAGAAAAAUUCUUCCAAGGUCAAACUAGAAUUUAAAUUGAAACAAUGAUGCUGAUGCAAAAACUAGCUCAACCUGCGCUAAGGCAGACAGUGAGAAUGUCCAGUUCACUGGCUGACUAUGCCCAGUACAAGACCCUGAAUGUAACUCAGCCAUCAGAGUAUGUUGUUCACGUGGAAAUGAAUCGUCCAGAAAAGCUCAAUGCCCUCAACAAGGAAAUGUGGAAGGACCUGGGCGUGUGCUUCCAGCAGCUGCACGAGGACCCGGCGUGCCGCGCCGUGGUGCUCAGCGGCGCCGGCCGCCUCUUCUGCGCCGGUAUCGACCUGGCCGACCUGGCAGCGCUCGGCGGCCUGGCCAUGGGCGACGGCGACGCCGCCAGGAAGGCGUUCCAGAUGCACCCCAUCAUCAAACGCUUCCAGGACUGGAUCACCGACCUGGAACGGUGCCGUAAGCCGGUGGUGGCCGCCAUCCACGGCGGCUGCGUGGGCGGCGGCGUGGACCUGGUGACGGCCGCCGACAUCCGACUCUGCUCCCAGGACGCCUUCUUCCAGGUCAAGGAGGUCGACAUCGGUCUGGCGGCCGACGUGGGCACCCUGCAGCGACUACCGAAGGUGAUCGGCAGCCGCAGUCUGGUGAACGAGCUGUGUCUGACGGCGCGCCGGCUCGGCUCCCAAGAGGCGCUGCAGUGCGGCCUGGUUAGCCGGGUGCUCAGCGACCGGCACAGUCUGACGGCGGCGGCGCUCAGUCUGGCCGCCACCAUCGCCUCCAAGUCGCCGGUGGCGGUGCAGUCGACCAAGCUGAACCUGACCUACUCGCGCGACCACUCUGUCCAGGAGGGAUUGGACCACAUGGUGGCCUGGAACGGCGUCAUGCUCCAGUCGGAGGACAUUAUGAAGGCCGCCACCGCCGCCAUGGACCGCAAGGCGCCGCCGCCCGACUUCGCCAAACUGUAGACCGGCCGGUGGGGUGUCAGUCGGGUUGUUAGGGUUUAUAAUGAGAGAUUUAUGUCCAUUGGGCGUUGAACCGCUUUUGGCGAUGAAAGCCAGAUUUAGGGGCCUUUUGCGGCAGGGCUAUUUUUCUGUCUGGACUUGAUUUACAUCGCACGCUGCUGAGGUGAUCAACUAGCUUCCGGCUUCCUAGACAAAAAAAAAGAUUUAUACCUCAGCACUGCCUAGUUGGGAAGUGCAUUUACGAUGCAAUAGUAGAACGGGGAGAUCCGUGCUGGGAAUGGCCAUUAUGUCGAGACCGCUGAACUCAUCAAUGCAAUGCUGGUGCUGUGUGGAGUAGCUCGCGCCGGGCUGCCCGUCCCGCCGUCUCCGCUGGACGGGCCGACCAACCCCGGCUGUUUUCGGGGCGUCCGGGGCCGUCUGUCUCUGCCGUGUAGUGACCGCCGCCUCCGCCGAGGUGCUCCAACUGACCUGUAACCCUGCGCUGGAGCGCGCGCCAUGUGUUAACCGGUGCGUUCUGGCCAGAGGGGCUGUCUGGGAUAGCCUCAGGGGCUUCUGCGCGAUCGUCAGUCAACUACCUAUGAGUAGCUGGAUGAAUACAAAGGAAUUGUUCAA